AUGUCUGACAGGAAGCAGGAAGGCCCUGGUGACAGGGAGCCAGCAUGCAUGCUGUGUCGCCGUGUGGAGGCUGACCCGGACGCCUGUGGUGACAAAGUGGAGAAGUGCAGGCUCUGUGCCCACGUCUUUUGCCUGUUUUUCGCCACUCUGCUUUUUCGCCAAGAGGACCAUCCUGUUGGACUCAUGGGCUUUCUGCCUCGAGAUAUCCAAAUUGCAGUGUGGCGGGCGGCACAGAAGCGCUGCUGCGUCUGUGGCCAGAGCGGGGCAACCAUCAUGUGCUGCAAGGAGGACUGCGAGAGAUGGUUCCACCUGCCCUGCGCCAAGGAGGGUGGCUGCGUCAAUCAGUACAUCACUCCAUACAGCUCCUACUGCCCCGAGCACCGUCCAGAGCAGGAGGUGCAGGCGACUCCAGAGCCGGGCACCGAUUGCCUCAUCUGCAUGGAGCCUGUGGAGGAUAGAAAGACCUUUGAAACCAUGGUGUGCCCAACGUGUAAAAGAGCCUGGUUCCACAGGGACUGCAUCCAGGGACAGGCCAUGCGCGCUGGUGCUUUAUUCUUCCAGUGCCCCCUCUGCAGAGACAGCGGGGAAUUCGCUGUUGAAAUGUUCUUCAUGGGGAUCAGAGUCCCAUUCAGACAGCCAACAUGGGAGGACAACGAUGCCUUUGCUUAUCUAGGAGAGAGGCACAGCAUGUGCAAUGCCAGGGAAUGCCUUUACCCUGGAGGCAGGGAGGAGGCAGAGCAUGAGGGGCCCUGGCAAUUGCUCCUGUGCUCCUCCUGUGCUGCUGAGGGCACCCACAGGCGCUGCUCUGGCCUGAGAAAAAAGACAUACAUAUGGGAGUGUGACAGCUGUGCUGGUCUUGGAACGUCCUCCAGGGAUGAGCCAGAGCUCAGUGGCCCCAGCCUGGCCAGACAGUCAGGACAGGAAUCUGCUCAUGGCUCCUCAGAAUCCCAGGACAUCAGGCCCAGCUCCGGCACGCCGGUGCCAUCGGGGCUGGCUUCCCCGUCUCCAUCUCCAGAGACCAGCAGCCAAAACAGCCAGCAACAGCCAGCAUCACAGCAGUCACUGCCAUCUUCCUUGCUGGACACCAGCAGCCCCAGCAGAUCAAGGCCAACAUACAGCAGCUCCCCGGACCCUGAGGACAGGCUCCAUUCCAGACGUGCUGGGCCUGACCGCAGGCGAAACAGCUCUGGCCCGCAAGCAAGUGGGAGCUCAGAGUCCACGUGUCCGGUCCAGGAGUCGGCGUGA